UGUGUGUGUGUGAGUGUGUGUGUGUGCGUGCGUGCGUGUGUGUGCAUGUUUCCGCGCGCAUGCGUGCGUGCGUGCACAUGCGUUUGUGUCAUAAAAGGGAUGAGGAGGGAAAGGUAUAUUGGGUAGCAGUCUUCAACCCAGAGUUAAGAUCAGCCUGACCAGAGGGAACUUUGGUAAACACAUGCACCCAAACACCGAUAGGACUGGACAAUGGCGCUUGCUAGGCAACAGGUUCCCAUGGGAUGGGACGAACGAUGGAGGAUGGACAAAGAGAGGAGGAAGAAGGUGAUUGAGGAAGGAGGGGAGAGGGAAGAGGAGGAGAACCGGAGGCUGAGGUGGAUCAAGGCCUACAACGACAACAGGAUGGGUGUGAAGCACAGCGUGUGGCAGGAGUGCACACGCAGAUAUAACAUUCCUGUGGAGAAUGGAGGACCAGUGGGCAGAGAGGAGGGCAGAAGCUGUCAUGAAGGCAAACGUAUGUACCACAGCAACUCUUACACAAAACAAGUGUUCCAGACUCUGGAGGACUUCAGGCGGGCCUCCCUGCUCACAGACCUGACUCUGAACACCCAGGAUGGACAGAGUCUCUGUGUACACUCCACUGUCUUAGCGGCUGUGAGCUCCAUUGUCUACGUCAAGCUGCAAGAGCAGGAGAAGAUUCAGGAUGCCCAUUGCAGCAGGGAUUUGCAAGUCAAGUUAGGCCCUGAGGUGAGCCGGAUGGGUCUUGCAGCAGUGCUGGAUUUCGCAUACACAGGGGUCAUAACAAACGUUACCCAGGAAACAAUUGCACAGGCUCAGGCUGCUGCUCAGGCACUGGGGGCCCCGAGGGUUCUAGAACUUUGCAACACACCAGAAGGGAAACACACGGGUUGUCAUGGAACCCAAGACACAGAAGAGAAGAAGAAAAAGAAGCUCUCUGCUUCAGAACAGCUGGAGGUUAGCCUGCAGGCCAUCAAACGGCUGUGGAUUGAGGGAGUUGGCUGUGACAUUGUGUUGGACGCUCAAAAGAGAGAGUUCAGAGCCCACCGUGUGUUCCUGGCAGCCAGCAGUGACUACUUUCGUGGAAUGUUCACAAGUGGAAUGUCGGAGUCUCAGCAGAGUUCCAUUGCAGUGCCGUAUCUUAACGAUGGGGAGCUGGAGGUGUUCCUUCACUGCUCCUACAGUGGAGCUUUGGAGCUCACCUGGGACCAGGUGUUUGAUCUAAUUUGCUCCGCCCUCCAGUUCCAAAUCCAGCCUGCCCUCUCCCUCUGCCUUGACUUCCUGAAGCGGGAAAUGGACGCGGACUCCUCUCUGGACGUGGCGUCAUUUGCUGAAGCUUACGGCAUGAGAGACUUACGCGAACUAGCGGACGACUAUGUCCUCAGACAUUUCCUGGAGGUGUCAGCCACCCCGAAGUUCCAAGACCUUUCCGCAGAGAAGCUCCUGGAAUACCUGUGCUGUGAUGGCCUGUGUGCUCCCUCUGAGCUGAUGGUAUUCCGGGCAGUUGUGACCUGGUUGGAAGCCGACCUUUCGGAAAGACUUCCGCAGGCCUCGAGGCUGAUGAAAGGUGUCCGCUUCCCGUUGAUGACGUUCAGGGAGUUCUGCGAGGUGCGUGCCAUCAACCUGUGCAUGGAGUGUAAUGCAGAUGGGAACAAUGUCGAACUCUACACAGCAGCAUUCAAAGAGUUCGGAAAUUUGACUUCGGAAGAAUGCUUUCGUGUGCGGCGUCCCAAAGAUGCGUUGGUCCUCAUUGGCGGGGAUCAGCUAGAGCCAGACGUGGGCUUGAGAUUUCCCAGCAGGCAGCUGUGGUUUGCCAAUGCCUUGCGUAGCGGUGUGGGCCUCGUGAAGGAUAUAGAGUGGAAGAUGCUGGGGGAGAUACCCGACCAGGCCCGGUUUCGACACGGUGCAGCUGUCCUGGCGGAUAAACUCUAUGUCGUCGGAGGAUGCCACUUCUACGCAACGACUGACACCAUGAAGUCAGGAUUCAGCUACGAUCCGCAGAACAACACAUGGCAGAGGAUCGCAGACAUGCACGAGCCGAGGAGCAACUUCACAUUGGUGGUCCAAGGGAACAGCCUCUACGCCAUCGGAGGGGACAAAGACAUCAAUACUAACCUGGACAGCGUGGAGGUCUUCUGCCCGGAAAGCAAUUCAUGGAGUUUCACUCGGCCACUGGUCCAGGCUCUGAGUGGCCAUGCGGCCGGGGUGUGGAAGGGGGAGAUCUUAAUUUCGGGAGGCCUCAACUACGACUACAAGUGCCUGGCGUCCACAUUCCUCUACCAUCCCAAGAGAGGCACCACACACUUGUCCGACAUGGCGCAAGACCGGGCCCUGCACUGCAUGGAGACCCUGGGUGGCCGUUUCUUUGUAGUGGGGGGCGUGUGCAACUUGAAGAAGUGCUACACGGACCACCUCGGCUGUGAGGUGUAUGAUCCUGCUGCCGACUCUUGGUGCGGCAUCGCGCCCCUUCCCAUUCCCCAUGUGGGUGCCGCGUCGGCCAUCUUGGAGGAGAAGCUAUACGUGUUGGGUGGUUACUGCCAGGAGGACUGCAGUGAGGCCAGAGUCGUGCACAGAUAUGAUCCCACCACUGGACGCUGGCAGGGUGUGGGGAACAUGCCAGGCCCCAACACGGACAUACGAGCCUGUGUGUUUCGCCUGCCAGAGGAGCUACGGAAAUGAAUUGAUCAUAGUUUCCUUCGAGAUCAGUAAAUAUCGCUUUGUAAAUCUCUAGUCGUAAUGUAUAUCUGUCGUUCGCUUUACAAUCUCUAGUCUACUACUAUGAGAUUAGAGAAAAACCAAGGACGCAAUGGUUGAUAUUUAAUCACUUAAGUAGAUAAUGGAGGGGUUUGACAUUGACUGGCGAGAUCGGUGUAUUCUAGUGAGAGCCAAGCUAAAGCAUACAGUAUGGUUAAUGUUUAAUCAUUUUGUUAAUAUAACGGGUUUAUAUAAUUACUUUGUCACAACUUCAAUGUAGAGUUUUUAAUUUAGAUGUGUUUUGCUAAAAUGCCUUGUGUUGAAAAGCAAGAUGUGAUGUAGCUGAAUGCAUUUACUGUAACUGCUGAUUUGGUGUUAGGGUUAGAAGAAGAAUAAAAUAUGUUUUGGUUAA